AUGGCCGCUUAUUCCUCUCUAACCUCUCCCAUUUCUACGUGGCCUGUUGCUAAUUACAUAUCAUCUGUCGCUUAUCAGAAAAACCACAACACUUUGAAUUCCUCUACGUUCCAGUCUCCAAUCAGACACAAGAAGCUUAUGUCAAGAUCAAGAUGCAGCAACAUUAAUGGUUAUUCCAGACUAUUAUGCUAUAUUCUUUUAGGCAAAACUAUAGCUGUUUCUUUGCAACCUGAGGAGGAGCUGAAGACGGAGAAGCAACAGAGGAAAGUUGCAGUGACUGGGAUGGGAGUAGUGACACCACUUGGUCAUCAUCCAGAUGUAUUUUACAGUAACCUUCUUGAAGGUGUCAGUGGCAUAAGUGAGAUAGAGGGCUUUGAUUGUUCAAAGUUUCCCACUAGAAUUGCUGGAGAGAUCAAGUCUCUCUCAACAGAUGGUUGGGUUUCACCAAAACAUGCUAAGAGGGCAGACAAAUUCAUGCUUUAUAUUCUUACUGCCGGCAAGAAAGCCUUGGUAGAUGGUGGAGUUACAGAACAAAUCAAUGAAGAGUUUGAUAAAAUUAAAUGUGGGAUUCUAAUUGGCUCUGCAUUUGGAGGCAUGAAAACUUAUCACGAAGGAAUAGAAGCAUCAAAGAUUUCAUAUAAGAAAGUACGCCCCUAUACGAUACCUUAUGCAACAACCAAUAUAGGCUCUGCUGUUUUAGCAAUGGACCUGGGAUGGAUGGGACCAAACUAUUCAAUUUCUUCAGCUUGUGCAACAGGCAACUCUUGUAUACUCAAUGCAGCACAUCACAUAAUCAAAGGUGACGCAGAUAUCAUGCUUUGUGGGGGUUCUGAUGCAGCAAUUAUUCCUGCAGGUUUAGCAGGUUUGGUGGCCUUUAGAGCUCUUUCAGGGAGAAAUAACGAUCCAACUAAAGCUUCCCGCCCGUGGGAUACUGAUCGCGAUGGAAUGGUUGUGGGAGAAGGAGCCGGAGUUCUGCUUUUGGAAGAGAUGGAACAUGCUAAGAGAAGAGGUGCAAAUAUUUAUGCAGAGUUUCUGGGUGGAAGCUUCAGUUCUGAUGCUUAUAAUAUUGUUGAGCCUCAUCCUGAUGGACUGGGUAUAGUUUCCUGCAUAGAAAAGGCCUUGACACAAUCUGGGGUUGCCAGAGAAGAUGUAAACUACAUAAACGCACAUGCUUCAUCAACACCAAUUGGUGAUCUGAUAGAAUACCAAGCUUUAAUGCAGUGUUUUGGCCAGAAUCCUGAGCUAAAAGUGAACUCCUCAAAAUCCAUGAUUGGUCACCUUCUAGGAGCUUCAGGUGCUGUAGAAGCAGUUAUCACAGUUAUGGCAAUAAAGACUGGAUGGCUACAUCCAAACCUCAAUCUUGAAAAUCCGGACAAAUGUGUGGAUAGGGAAGUGCUUGUUGGCUCCAAGAAGGAACGUUUUAACAUAAAAGUUGCACUGUCUAACUCAUUCGGACCUGGUGGACACAACUCAUCCAUCUUAUUCGCACCUUACAAACAAAUUUGA